UUCAAGAAAAAUGAGAGAAUCACCACGAUAAAUACGUUUUUAUACUCCAUCGACCCUCUUUGCAUUUUUUUCUAAACGACAGUGCCGUUUUGAGCUUCUUAAGUAAAUGUUCCCGAGCCAAAAUAGGGUGAAGCCGAUGCUCCAAUGGCACCGGCGAAGAAGGGGAAAGCCAAGGCCAACUCGCCCGAUUCAAAUCAAUUAAAGCCGUCGGCUCCAAAUACCGGAAACAAUUUCCCGUCUUGUAUUCGAUUCAUGCCUCCGUCCUCCGUCGCCAUCACCAUCCACGCUAAGCCUGGGGCCAAAUCCUCCUCCAUCACAGAUUUCAGUGAUGAAGCGUUAGGGGUGCAAAUAGAUGCCCCUGCCAAGGACGGUGAAGCUAACGCCGCUCUCCUUGAUUAUAUUAGUUCUGUAUUAGGUGUGAAAAGAAGACAGCUAUCCAUAGGUGCAGGUUCUAAAUCAAGAGACAAAGUGGUGAUUGUGGAGGAGGUAACUUUGCAAGGUGUUUUUGAUGCUUUGGACAAAGUGUCAAAGUGCUAUUGAUGGAUAGAAGUACAUGAGAGAUUCAAAUACCAUCAAUCAACUGGAGAUCUGGCUUUGUCGAUCUCCUGAUACUUGAUGCGGCAAAGCUGGCUGGAGGUUGUUUUAUUAGCCCUUGCUAAUUAUUGAUAUGCUUCAAACUUUUUGGUAUUGUUCCCUGUUUUUCUUGGAAUUGGCUACUUUAUUGUUCAGUUGCAAUUACGGAAUCUACUAGUAGCUUGCUUUGUGAAUGUAUUUAUUAAAUGAAUGGUGUUUUUGUGCAAA